UCCUCGGUGGCCCUGACCACCAACCCUGUCAUCCUCAGCAUUUGGUAAGCAGCUUCGUUUUCAUCGUUUUUCAUUAAUUUCAUUUUGCAGUCGCCUUAAAGUAGUUUUUCUGUAUUGUAACUAUCAUUUUUUCGCUCUUUGUAGGAAUUUACUUUUAUGGUUCGUUAAUAGUAAAAACAUUUGCUGAUCGUGAACGUGUUGUGCUUUUGGAAUUGGCCCUUGCCCGUUCAGUUUACAAGAGAGUUUGCAGAAACUGUCCUAUUUCAUUGUGUGGGGCGAAGUACCUUGUCAGAUUAGCUAACCAUCUCGUGGAUGUUCAUCAGUUAGACCACAUACAGCGAAGACAGUAUUUACAAGAGGCAAAACUGCAACCUAAAGUUAAAGUCGUCGUUUACGAAUUGCGAAGCAGAUAAUUCCGGAAAAAAUCACUGUCGCAAUCCAGUACAGACACAAGAAACGGUGUACUGCGAACUGUCAAGAUCACAGAGAAAUGAGGCCUCUUUUGAAGCAAAAGCUAAAAGACCGACUACAAAGAACAAGACAAAGUGCAAGAAACAAAGCAAGUCGAACUCUUGUCUUAGAGGACAUAGGAAAAUUGUGUAGACACGGAAGGAUUAUUUAUUAUUCCUCGAAAUAGAACGGAAAAAACGGAUUUGUAAUAGUCAAUCAAAGGAUUAACUUUUAUUCGCUUUCCUUUCAAAUCGCUGUGUAUUUGACUCAUUUUUUUUGUUAUUGCUUUUUAAUAAAGUUUUUAAAACGGUAUCUGUCUUGUGGCUUUAUUACUAGCAAUUUUAAGUCGCGUAUUUCGAUUGAUCCUUGUUAAGUUAUUUUGUUUUUAGCUCAUAGAUGACGUAGUCAUGCCAUGGGCUUUUGGAGGCACUCGAAUGGCACUCGAUCACUCACUCACUCACUCACUCACUCACUCACUCACUCACUCACUCACUCACUCACUCACUCGAUUCUCAUUAAUUUAUUCAUUAAAGUCAGAUUAAACACGUUACUCCUACCUCCCUUACUUAGUAUUACUUUUUUUCCAAGUGCCUUUUACGUAUAUGUUUGGAAUAUUCUAGGGGGUACUAGUAAGGCGAAUUUUUUUUUCCCGACACAUCAAUUAUAGAGAAGGGGUUUUGUAUAAAUAACAAUAUUUUAAAGAACACUGAUAAUAUCAUCCGCAAGAAAUGUACUUAGAAUUGUUAAAAGGACAUUGAAAUAAUUGAGCAUGGAUCAUUGUUGUAUAUUUGGACGAAUUGUGCACAUUUGUUCCCGAUAUUGUACUCAGUUGAUAUGAAGAAGAUGCGAUCAACAGGAGUGUGAAAGAUCGAGAAAGAGCUAUUGCAGCCUGACGAUGGGAUUUCGUUCAGCGAAAAGCGAAUAAGCCAAAGAGCCUUAUAAUCACUGCAAAAAAAACUGUCCUCGAAUUGUUAAAGCGACAUUGAGGAGUAUUUAUUAAGGUUUAUUCAGUUGUUUGGACGAAUCCGUUCGACCAUUUGUCUUCGUGUGCAAACAGGGAAUGAAUUAAUGUUGUUUCAACUAGAAGCACAGGUUUUAGAACCAACAAGCGUUAUGCCAGGGACCGCGGAGCAAGGUGAAAAGUGGGAGGGCUGACAAUUGAAAAUAAUUUUUUCAUAUUGAAAAUCGAAAAAAGGAAAAAAAUCAUAGUAUUUGAUUUGUUUCUGUCGCGUGACUUUGCAUACUUUAUCCAGUAUUUGUUACUCUUUAUAGGUCGGCAUUAGUGAAGAUACCGAAUUCAAUUCAAGAAAAGACGCGAUUACAAUUUUAGCAUAGAAAAUACUACACUGAAGUGAUCUGAAAAUUUCUAACUAUGGCCGUUUACUGUUCAAGUAAUGUAAUUCUUCUUGCCAUCGAAUAUUUCAUUGAUUCCAAAGGAGAAAGACAAAAAAUAAAACUUUUAUCAACUCAAAAAACUACUCACCUUCGUUUGGCUUGAAAAAGCUAGUAAUUUUCUUCAUUUGGUCUGAUAAAACUGAUAAAAAACUCUGCUAGAGCUGGAAGUACAAAACACGCUGCCGAACGAAGCGAAGGGGUGGCCAAGGCAUGGCGUUUGAUCAAGGGGCAAGUCGGCCCCAGGGCACAAUUACCGCGAAAAGCAAAUGAGCCCCACAAAAUGCCUGGCGUCUGAAAUUAAAGAAAAUACAGAGAAUAUAGCGAAAUAUAGACAGAAAAAAAACUUGUUUCAAUUUUUUCUAUUUUGAUUAUUUUUCUUUUUUGUUUAAAAAGUGGGGGCGGGGGCGCAAAAAAGUGGUGGGGCCGCAGCCCUACCAGCCCCUCCCCCUCCGCGGUCCCUGUAUGCUAUUUUGCUUGAAUUCUUAGGUGAUCUUUGCCUUAAAGUAGGCUUUUGUUUGUCGGUGAUUCCAUUUAGCAGUGCUAUUAAUGUAAUUUCUACGAGAAAUGCUGCGCUGGUAUAAACAAGUCUCUGGCGAAAGGCAAUCGGAUACUUCGACUGCGUUUAAAUUACUUGGCUAGGUCAGAGCACGUUAACUGCUUUGAGCUUAAUCCGUUUUACAUGUGUUAAAAUAAUUUUUAGCUCGUGUUUAUCAAAAGCGCGUUCUAAAGCAGUUCAAUUUAGCCAUAAACGCCUGUAUUCUGUAUUUAAUAUAGCUCGUAUUGCGUAUACUAACCGUUACGUACUCAUCAUAUGGAAACAUUUAUUUGAAAGCAUCGGAAAGUGUUUGACAGUCACAUGAGAAAGCAAAUUAUUUUACAACUAAAGAGCGUUAAUAAUUGCUUUUAAAAGUGAUCUUUGCUUUGUAACUGUAGAAAUGCUGCGCUGAUAAAAAGUUUCUAGAAUAUUCAGGUACACAUGCAAUCGGAUACUUCGAGUCACGCUGUAUUUUGGCAAGUUCGUACACCAUGAACCGUUCAAAAACAUUUAUAUGUUUUUCUUUGAUUAUUGAACUGUCUUUUCUACACUAAUUCAAUUCAUCCAUGAGCUCGCUCCUAGGAGCCUUUGAUUAUUGUUUUUAUCAUAAUAAGUCACUCGAAGGUUCUCUCUCGGGGUUUUUCCUGCAGAGCUGAACUAAUUUGUAUGCAACGGUGGGCUUACGAACUCGCAUAAUUACCUGACUAUCGAUGUCCAAACGUGGUCGAUGGUGGACAACAACCCAUCGCUCUAAUCAGUUCGCAAUGUUCGAGUCUUAAAUGAUUUUACUGCCUACAUCAUCGCCUUAUAUAACUGCUCUCAGAUUUGACAAAGUGGGAUAAAUAACAGCAUAUAACUGUCCCCAUUCUUCCUGCGUCAGUUUUAGAUCCUCCGCAAAUUUCAAGAACAGCAAGAGUCUGCCCAAAUUAACUUUUAGAAAUACUUCAGAAUGGAGUUCUUUCAGCUUGAAAUUGUUUACCCUGGGAGGUCGCAAAAUGUUUUUCUUGAGAGACGUUAUUCCUUUCGAAGGGGGAACUAUGGCCCUCGCGAUCAUACAAUAAUGAUUAAACUUUAUUCUUAUGAAAGGCUGAAUAAUACCCAUUUUCGUUUUGGAUAAUAAUAAUAAUUAAUAAUAAUAACCUUCAUUUAUAUGGUCUUAAAAAGAUAAAAAUAAAAAUAAAUAAUGAUGUCAUAGACUAUAGAAAAUAGCUGAUCAUGUCAAAAAACCAUUUAUAAUUUAUGCUGAUGAUGUCAUCUCACCAGUUACCAUAUUAAAUGAUUAUUUUGAUGAUGAUCUCGUCGUUUUUUGAUGACCUCAAUUCCCUUGGUUGUUACAGAAAACCUUUCUAUUUUUAAAUGAUCAUCUCAUCAUUUUAAUCCCCUAUGCUAUUAUGACGUCACUCCACCACCUCCACUACUGUGCAGAACCCCCCUUCUAUUACAACUUAAAUUAUCUCACAAUAAACCCAGACAAGACACAAGCUCUCGUCCUUGGUCAUUCAAAUUAUGAAUUCGCCCUCCGAAUCGAUAAUGCGUCCGUAACUGUUUCCGAACAAUUUGACUAACAAUAGACGACUGUUUAACUGUGACAAUAGACGGAUCGAAACGCACCAAUUACUGUUUACGAGUCUUCAUAGCCAAUAACACCACGGCUUAACUGACAGACGACCAAUAACAUCGCGACGUAAUUGACCAAUCAGAUCAAUAACCAGAGUAUAAUACCAUCAACUGACGUGAUACAACUCACUUUGACUCUGAAGAUGACUACCGCACAGGUUGUCGAAACGUCAGUCACUGACAACAACAANUGACAGACGACCAAUAACAUCGCGACGUAAUUGACCAAUCAGAUCAAUAACCAGAGUAUAAUACCAUCAACUGACGUGAUACAACUCACUUUGACUCUGAAGAUGACUACCGCACAGGUUGUCGAAACGUCAGUCACUGACAACAACAACAGUCCUAUUCAGGACUACGUUCACCCGGACGAUCAAACUCAACCUACUUUUGUUUCUGAACACUUAAAAAUUUUAGGAGUAACUCUGGACAAAAAGCUUGCUUUUAAGGAACAUAUUUCUCUUCAGUUGAAAAAAGGGGUUACAGAAUGAGAGCAGCACUGAGAAGAUCACGUCACUUUCUCCCGUUCGAAACUAUCAAAAGGCUUUACAAGGCAUGCCAGCAGAGGGGGAUAGUUUGAGCUGGGAUAGUUUGAGCUGGACCACACCCAAGCCGUGAGGGUGAUCACUUAGAAAAAGAACUGGCGCGCUCCCGACCCAGAUCGAACUGCCAAUUAUUGGUGGAAGAAAGUUUUCCAGCUAAAAAGAGUUUACCAGCGACAAUCAACGACCAAUCACGUGCCUGAACACCCUCUACAAGUGGUUUACAGUUUACUCGGCCCAGUAAACGAACAUUUAAAUGAGUCAGAACGAUCUCAUGCAGGCGGAUCAGAGUCCUGAGGGGCUAAAGAAAGGUGUAGCGGAACGAUAGAGAAUAGAUCGCAUGGUCUGUCAGGAAAGCCGAAGAGGCGUAUGGGCCGCAUCGAUGUGAGCAAGGCGAACAAUUCUGUUGAUCAUCAAUGGCUGAGAAACUGGUGUUAACGCUUCAGUGGUUCCCGGAAUGGAUAGAAAAAGCGGUAUACCGACUGAGUUCGCGAUGGAAUACGAAGUAGAGAGAACAAAGCAAGGAGUGGAGACAUAUGACCAAAUAAGAUUCAAGAGGGGUCUCCCCCAGGGAGAUGCCUUAUGCCCACGCUUAUUCACGCUAAGCAUUAAUCCUGUCGCUUGGAAAUUAAAAGCAACAAAAGCCUACAAGCUUUCUAAGCCCAUUAAGAUGCAAGUCACACAUCCCUUGUUUAUAGAGGAUCUCAGUAAGAUUUAAGUAGCAUCCGAAGGAAAACUGCAGAGGGUAAUGAGAUCUAUGAGAGAGGCUAUGAUGGAUGUAGGUCUGCAAUGGAGUGAAAAGAAGUGUGCCAGUGGUUCAUGUAAAGAGAGGAUAUCUCUCUGAGAAUUCAGAGGGAGUGAAGAUCGGUGACUCUGAAUUGACACAGAGUUUGAAGCAGAGAUCCUUUUACAAAUUCCUAGCGGUUAUGGAAAAUUUCAAACAAGGUUCACACUGCUCGUCCUGCAAUAUCUGAUGUCUAGACUCAAAUCUGGCCAAUAUAAUUGCUGACCUACAACAACUAGACAGAGAGGUAAGAAAGGUGAUCACCCAGAGCGGAGGCAAACACCCCUUGGUAUCAACAGAACUGAUGUACCUCCCUGGGAAACACGGAGGAAGAGGCGUUAUAAAAGUCAGUGGAGGAAGAAUAUAUAUUGACUAAGAUCAAAGCGGCGGUCAAGCUGUACAGUAACUAGACACCGUAAUGCAGGUGGUUAGAAGAUAUGAAGAGAACGCUGAGGAAAGUAGUCGACGAGCGUUAAUUAAAAAUGCCAAGAAAUAUGUCCAGGAACUGGGUCUGGAACUUCAACCCAAAUCCCGUUGGUGAAACAGAUGAGGUGAAUGGAGCGUUAAUUGGGGGAUGUGCCAAGGAAAAAUUAAAGAAAAAGUGAAUGGAAGAAGUUAAAAGUGAAAACUGGUAACGAAACUGCUAGUGGCAACGAGGUGGAAUGACACGGACUUGGACGGUGACUAGCAGCCAGUAGCUUGGAGAUCAGUCAGCCGUCUAGUACCAUCGCUGGCGUACAGGAAUGGUACCAGCAGCUCCUUUCAACGAAAGUUUGUCACCAUGAGAAGAAGGAUUGAAUCCAUUGCCACAUGCUGGCUGGCUGCCUGGCGCUGGCGCAGACCAAAUACCUCGUUCGGCACAAUUCUCUUUCUCUUUGAGUUGCUAAAAAGAACUGACAAUAUUCCCCCUUGGUUUUCUCCUACCGAGCCAAAACCAGUAGACGAAAACCAGAGAGCUAAAGCUUACUGGGAUGAGCUAGUUUAUGCAAAGAACACUGAAGUCAGAGUAAACACAAUAGAUAUCAAAAAAAUUAAUAAGGGAGAUAAGAAAGUCACACUACUAGAAAUGAGCUGCCCUUGGAUGGAAAACAGAGAAGCAAAGGAGUCGGAGAAGACCAUGAGAUAUGCGCCACUUCGUCGGUAUUGAGCUCAAGAUGCAGACGUGUCGACCCAGGGGUGUUAAUAUCAUUGUUGACGAGUUUGAUGUAUUGGGCGGUGCAUCCAUGAACACGGCUAAGAGUAUAAAGGCACUGAUCAGAGAAAGGCCAGGAAGGUAGACAUUAAGAAAAAUGCAGAAGAGUGUUUUGUCACACUCUUUAAACAUUGCAAGAUCAUUUAAAAUCCUUACAUAGCUUUGAGCUAUGUUUUUAAGAGACUUGAAAGUUAUGAUUAUCUUUUAAGGCGUUAUCCAAUUUUAAUUUUAGCAAUACUGAGGGAUUUUUUAAGUACCUUUAGGCAAUUUUCAACACAUUUUCUGUAACUUUUAAUUGUUGCUUUUAAUACGUUUUAGGCAAUUAUCUGACUUACUUUUCUGCCGUAUUUGUUUAACCAGUGGCAAAGGAACUUGAAUCUUUUCCUUGACAUUUCUAAUGUAGGUUAUUGGUUAUACAUAAUAUGUAGAUUUUAAGAGUGUUCCAUAUUUUAGAUUUAGCCGAUAGGUUAUGAAAUGCACCCUGUGUUUGUGUCUGUCCGUAUGUCGGGCUAGAUUCGCGGCUACCGCUAGCAGACUGCGGACCAGAACAAGACGAUAAAGCAAUUUAUAAUUUAGUCCCUUUAUUACCAAAACGAGGAAUUUACAUUAGGGUCUGUAUCUCCAUCAGCUUUCUUGUCUUUUCUUAUUUUCCCAACAGGUUACAGCAGUUGCCCCGGGUAUCGAAAAGAUUCCCAGGCAUUUAUUUUCUCGCUGGUAAACAAACCACGAUGGGCACCUUUAAAACUUCCUGCGUAUACAAGUUACCCUUAUGCUAUAUACGACUGCUCAUCUCAUGGACCUGUUUUCGGAGCAGGUUGGGACCUUGCCAUUCACAACAACGCGUCAUCUAGUAACAGUUCCCAUUCCAACCUUGGCCAUACUUACAGACCACCAAGUGGGUACAGCCGUGGAAGCACCUUCUCCCGGACAUUUCUGGCAGGCCCUUAUUGGUUUACUCCAGACGAAGUAGAAACAUUUUACGAAACAACCUAA